AGCUCUUGGUCUUGGCUGUGGCUGACGAGAUAAACACAGGCGUUAUGACAGGCAGACAGUGAAACAUUAUUAUUUGAAGGCUGGACACGAGGAAGGAAGACUGGCUAAAGGCCGCCAAGGAAGGGAGACCAAGGAGUGACGACCCAAGCAACGAUACCAAGCGUCAGAGGUCUACAGAGGAGGAGGCGGACAGGCAGCUGGCGUGGUCACCGUGAGUCAGCUGGAAAGGCUUGGCUCCUUGUCCUCGUAGUCAGCGUUGCCAGAGUGUUGUAUUUACCGGCUUUUGACACUUGCCUAUUGCCAAAGGACAUCAGGAAUUAACGAUUUUAACGAUCUGAAAUGGCUUGGCUACCGCUGGUCUAUGCCAUCAUAUUCCCUAACCUUGGGGGCAUUGCCAGUGCAGGCCUGACGAGAAAUGCCGUGCGAGACUGGUAUGACAAGGUGAUAAAGAAGCCAAGCUGGCGGCCCCCCAACCGAGCCUUUGGGCCGGUGUGGACAUACCUGUACUGCACCAUGGGCUACGCCUCCUACAGGGUGUGGGUGGCCUUGGGGGAGCCAGACGUGUUGGAGCCGGUGGCCCUCCCAGCACCCCUGCAGCUGUUUGUUCUCCAGCUGAUUCUCAAUUGGAUCUGGACGCCAAUAUUCUUCGGCUGCAAGCACCUCACGCUGGCAUUGUUCGAGAUCCUGCUCCUUGAUGCCUCCGUAGCCAUGACGCUCUAUGCCUUUUGGGGGGUGGACUCCCUGGCUGGCCUGCUGCUGGUGCCCUACAUGGCCUGGGUCACGCUGGCCACCGCCCUCACCGCCUCCAUAUGGAAGGACAACCCAAAGUGGCGCCUCGGACCAGACCCCAAGAAAGAGUAGUUCUGCAGUUGUUGCCUCAGACCGGUGCAGGAUGCUCUACAUUACUUCCAUGGACACUUCCUAUAUGCUUCAAAGGGAUGCGAGAACAUUAAUUUGUCAUUUUAAUUUCCUGCUUCACCUUGGCUGUUUUCCUUACAUUAUUCAUGGCACAGUGAGGCUCAGAGAAACUGAUUGUUUAUUUCAAUGAGCCCUUUUUUUAAUUACUUCAGUGCACACAGGAAUAUUGCUUGGUCCAUAUUGCUUUAAUGUGGUAUUACUGUAGUAUUUGUUAGUUUUUGUGGCUAGUUUGGCUUCUCACUUCCAUCUUUGGGACAGAUUUGUUAGUCAGAAUUGUUGGGUUUUCACAGAGUUAAGACGACACGUUACAAACUCAGUUGUAUAUGUGAUGUAGAAAAAUGAACAAAAUAAACAAACCACACUUUGAAAAAUGGCUCAAAAAAGGCAAAUUUUAGCCACAUUAGUGUUGAUAAAUACUAAUACCAUGCUUAAAAAAUCUGCUUUUUAUGAUUGAGUCAGAAAUGUUAAUAACUUUUAUAAGGGAAUUCAAAACUGUAGAAGUACAAGUGAGAAAAAAACGGCAGUAGGAAUAGUCAGGAGAGGCUUAACAAUCGCUGCCUAAGCUCCCAAGGAACACCUUUUUUACACAGACUAAAGCAUAAACUUGUGUGUUAAAAGUCACACCCGUCAGUGGCGUGCAUCAGAUGUUAUCAUGGUGCUGAUGGUGUUGUCUUUGAGUGAGACUUUAUCACAAACCAACUUCGUCUUCCAUAUCUUGUUAUUGUUACUGGACUGUGUUUGCUGCAUAGUGUCGCCGAUGCAUCGUGUGUUCAUGAAAACUGUCUCUGUCUUGGAGUUUUGCAUGUUUUUAUAUAUAUUGGACAGCCUGAAGGAUUCACUGCUGUGGUAAUAAGUGCUUUUACUAUAGUCAGACACAAACAUGAAGUCUUUGGGCGGGUCCAAGCCUCUCCCCUCACCCCCGGUACGUCACUCUCAUAUGUCAGCUAUUUACUAUUUGAAAUUGUAUGUUUAUUAUUCUAAAUACUUUAAACAAGUCCAUAUAGUGAUGCAAAUGUGUCACUUAUUAGAAAAUGGCAAUUAAUUGAUGCAUUUUUGCUCUCCGACAUUUGUAGCGAUCAGAGAUACCAUGUCACUUCCUUCCUCACCCCCACAUGCAACAACAGCUGCUCCAUGGCUGUCCUCGCUCCCAAGGCUAGGUGUGGCAGCACUGUGGGCAGGGCACUCCCCAGACAGACCCCACCCAAUCGGACUCCAUAGCUGAGUCUGACUAUAACUCCUUAGUCCAAGUAAGCCUGGCCACAUACACUGUAGAAUAAGUUCUAGCAUGAGCACUGGAUGCACUCUUAUGAAGUGUGAUUGCCUGUGAUUGAGCACCGUCCCAAGGUUGUGAUGGGCUGUGUUAAGCAAUAAGUACAAUAGGUUUCAUAAGUCUUUAGUAUUCAUGGCAAAUUUGCCUUCUUCUAAUGGUUUUAAAAACAUGACAGCAUGAAAUUGACCUCUCUUGUGGCCACUCUAUAAUUUAUAGGAGCGUGCUUAGCAGAGUGAUUUACUGCUGUGUUAAAGAGUGGUGAUAAGAAUCAAUGCUUUCGUCCAAGUAAGCCUAAGCAUGUAUACCAUAGAAUAAAGUCUUGUAAGAUAAGAUGAACACUGCAUGCACUCGUAUACAAGCUCACUUGUAAGGCUGUGUGGAGCAAUGAAUAUAAUGGCCUUGAUAAGUCUGUAGUACUCAUGGAAAGGUUGCAUCGUUAAACUGAUCUUGAAAACAUGAUAUCAUAAACUUGACCUCUCUUUUGGUCUCUCAUUUCUACACUGUCAUAGGAGUGUUCUUAGUGGACUGAUUCACUGCUGUGGCAAUGAGUGGUAAUAAGUAUCAACACUUGCCCAAGUAAGCCUGACCAUGUGUACUGCAGCAUAAUGUCUUGUGGUCUGCGAAGAGCAGCGGAUGCACUCGUGUGAAAGCUGAUUUCCUGUGGGUGUCGGCCCCAUCCCAAGGUUGUGAUGGGCUGUGUGGAGCAAUAAAUACAAUAGUCACGAUAA